AUGAACGGCGACUUGAGCCUGUCGCGCUCCCUCGGUGGUCUGCGCAUAGCCAAUCCCGACGACGACGAAGACCAAGGCACUCCCACCUCCCACCAACACCAGACCCUCGACCAGACGCCCUUGCAUACACCGCCGUCCACCGCCUUGUCUCAGGACUCGUCCGCAAACAACAACACAACAAGUCCCAGCCAGCAACCUCGAUCCACUGCCUCGACUCCUGAUGAUCGUCCGACCAUCUCCUCGCACUCGUCGGGCAGCACCAUCACCAACCUUAAUCACUCGCGUGGCUUGUCACAGCUCUCGUCCAUUCACCCCGUCGACCACGAUUCGCACUCUCAGUAUGCUGCCUCUUUCCACUCCAACGCCCCCUCGCACUCGGACUACGCUUCUAGUCACCUAGCCUCCGCCGACCCCUAUACCUCCACCAGACAAUACCGUGCUGCCUCGGGUGAUUCCGACCACAUGUAUCGCCAGCGCGCUGGCUCCUACGAGACUCAACUUCCGCAAUAUCCCCAGAACCCUAGCAUUCCAUCUGCACGCAUGUCCAACAUGUACACACACCAAAAUGCUUCAAGCACAUCUGCCCUAUCACAGGCUUCCUCAUACAGAUACCGUGACGACGUUUCAACCGCUUCCGGACUCGCUAGAAGCGCUUCGAGAGCCGCCGCUGCUGCUAUGGGCGUACACCCGCCCGCACGCUCCGCCAGCCGAAGUUAUCGUGGUCCAGACGGUCAGAAUGUCAUGCCACCCCGGAGAAGCUCUAAGCGUGUGACCUCCGGCUAUGGCCCCGGCCCCGCAGGCUCUGUAUAUAGUAUCGAGGGCGGUCCUCUCCCUAGCAGUGAAGAGUGGAAAGAGCGAGGAGCCGCAGUCGCUACCAGACAGGACGUUGAUCAGAACGGGCGACCCGUUUCCAAAAUCGUCAAGAAGGGUGUCAACGACUUCCACUUCGGUCGAACUUUGGGAGAAGGCUCAUACAGCACAGUUCUGGCGGCUACUGAUCGUCAAGUUCAUCGUGAGUAUGCUGUCAAAGUCCUCGACAAGCGCCACAUCAUCAAAGAAAAGAAGGUGAAAUACGUCAACAUCGAGAAAGAUGCUCUCAAUCGCUUGACGGAACAUCCUGGCAUUGUUCGCCUUUACUAUACCUUUCAGGAUGAGCGCUCGCUGUAUUUCGUACUUGACCUUGCCAAUGGCGGCGAACUGCUUGGCCACCUGAAAAAGAUGGGUACGUUCGACGAAGAAUGUACACGUUUCUACGGUGCCCAAAUCCUCGACUCGAUAGCAUACAUGCACUCGAAGGGUAUCAUCCAUCGAGAUCUCAAACCAGAGAAUGUUUUGCUUGAUGAGCAAAUGCACACCAAGAUCACAGACUUCGGAACUGCCAAAAUCCUCGACAUCAGGUCCGCUGGCGGCCCUGGAACUGAAGGACCUGCUUCUGGCGAUCCUAUGGAUGGCGCAGAACAGGAAAGAGCCGUUUCGUUCGUCGGCACUGCUGAGUAUGUCAGUCCAGAACUCCUAACCGACAAGAAUGCGUGCAAAGCAAGCGAUCUCUGGGCAUUUGGCUGCAUCCUCUAUCAACUCCUAGCUGGACGUCCACCUUUCAAAGCUGGCAAUGAGUAUCAGACGUUCCAAAAGAUUGUGGCUCUAGAUUAUCAUUUCCCCGAUGGUUUCCCGCCGGUUGCGAGGGAUUUGAUUGAAAGGCUACUAGUCCUCGAUCCAUCUAAGCGACUGCCAAUCGAGCACAUCAAAUCACAUCCUUUCUUCGAGGGCAUACAAUGGGGCAUGGGAUUGUGGAAACAGAAAGCACCGCGCCUGCGAAACUACAUGCCUGGUCCCUCUCAAUCUCAGCCCAUCCGGUUAAACGGUGGAGAUCCCAUGGCUUCAGCUCCCGCUCCUACUAUUCCAGGUGUCCCAAUGGCAACAGGCUCGCACGCGACCUCCCCGCCAAGUGCCCCGUCGGCGCAGCAGAUGCCUCGGCCACAACUGAGAGCUAUAACUGAGCUAGCUCCUCCCAGUCAGCUUGACAUUGACUGGUCGCCCGUCUUGACGCGCAACAACGAACGUAUCAUAAAACUGGGCAAUCUCAAUGUCAUUUCUUCUCCAGCUCCGCAUAGUCCUACGGCCAAAGGUGGCGAGGAAGCAUCGAGGAAGUUCUCGAGAUUCUUUGGUGGAGCAACUACCAAAAAGCGCCAACGACUUGUUAUGAUAACUUCCAGUGCGCGAGUCAUAAUAGCUGCUGCUGGAGGAGACGAGAAAAAGGCGAAGCUGGAUUUUAAUCUGCUUGCAAACGGGACGUCUUGGAAGACGGUCCUUGACAACAAGGGUUUGACAGCCUUUUGUAUCGACACGCGUGACAAACACUUCUCUUUCGAAGAUCCUCGAGCCACCACGGCUGACCCAGACGGCUCCAAGUACUCAACCAAGGAGUGGAUGGAUGCCAUUGAUAGAGCCAAAGAUGUCGCACUUUCACAAUCCAUGGCUGACUCGUACUCGGGUGAGUCGCAGUAUGGCGAUCUGGCAUCUACCAUGUCAAGCCCCACCAGCGCGAGUGGGGGUGACGGCGGAGGUGAGCAGCAAUCAAUACACUCCGUACGCAACACUCUACGCAAGGACCCGGGAGAUAACGAGAGUGUCAAGAGUCGAAAGCCAAGAUUCAGCAAGAGACAUUCAAAGAGUGGGUUGGCCGCCGUCUUCUAA